GGACGCUUGCUCUUCACUUCUUUCCAUUCUGUUGCUUUCCUUCCAUCUUUUUCGCUCUUCUUUUCUCCUGUGGACAGACAGACGCUCUUCAUCAUCAUCAUCAUCAUCACCUCUGAAACCUUCGUUACCUCUGCCACCCUCCUCCUCCUCCUCAGAGCUCCAGCUGUGGGACCGACGACGGGAUGACAGAGACUAACAGAAAGUUGUAGUGUGUGUGUGUGUGUGUGUGUGUGAUUGGCUGAUUGAUUCAAACACAGUUAGACUCAAAGUUAACAUCCCCUUCAAGACUUCUUUCCGUCAUCACCACGGCGACGGACGACCUUGGCGGCGGCAGCGGCGGCUCCUCCAUCAUGUUUUAAGGCUUUAGAGCUGGUUAAAAGUAUUUCAGUGUGUCCAGAGGAUGCAGGUGUCCAUAGCGUGUAACGUAGGCGGGGGUGGGGGGGGCAGCAGCGGGACAAGCGAGCACCUGCUGAAGGAGCGGCGAGUGGCGUUGAACACCAGCAAUGCGCCCGCCUGUCAGUCAAAGCUCAGGGCGGAGCCGACAAACAGACACACCCUGCUAGGCCACGCCCACAUGAAGGAGGCCCUCGGUCGUCAUGGCAACAUGAAGUACAGGAAUCUUGGGAAAUCUGGACUGAGAGUGUCCUGCUUAGGACUGGGAACAUGGGUGACAUUUGGCUCUCAGAUCUCUGAUGAGAUGGCGGAGAGUGUGAUGACGGUGGCGUACGACAGUGGAGUGAACUUAUUCGACACAGCAGAGGUUUAUGCCUCAGGAAGGGCCGAGACGACUCUGGGAAACAUCCUGAAGAAGAAAGCAUGGAGGAGGUCCAGUUACGUGGUGACCACCAAGAUCUACUGGGGAGGACAGGCGGAGACAGAGCGAGGGUUGUCACGGAAACACAUCAUCGAAGGACUGCGUGGGUCUCUGUCCAGGCUGCAGCUGGACUACGUGGACCUCGUCUUCGCCAACAGGAGUGACAUCAACGCCCCGAUGGAGGAGGUGGUUCGAGCGAUGACCUUUGUGAUCGAUCAGGGCUUGGCCAUGUACUGGGGAACGUCCCGCUGGAACGUCGUGGAGAUCAUGGAGGCGUACUCCAUAGCCCGACAGUUUAACCUGGUUCCUCCGGUGUGUGAACAGGCGGAGUAUCAUUACUUCCAGAGAGACAAGGUGGAGCUGCACCUGCCUGAGCUCUACCACAAGAUAGGUGUUGGAGCCAUGACCUGGUCUCCGUUAGCCUGCGGCCUGCUGACGGGCAAGUACAACGAAGGAGUCCCUGAGAGCUCCAGAGCCGCCAUGAAGGGUUAUGCGUGGCUUAAGGAGCGGCUCAGCAGUGAUGAGGGGAAGAAGCAGCUCAGUAAAAUCAAAGAGCUCCACCUGCUGGCUGACAGACUGAAGUGCACUGCUGCUCAGCUGGCCAUAGCGUGGUGCCUUCGCAGUGAGGGCGUCAGCUCGGUUCUCCUCGGAGUCUCCAACACGGAGCAGCUGCUGGAGAACCUCGGUUCUGUCAGGGUUCUGACUCAACUGACUCCACCCCUCAUCGCUGAGAUGGAUGCGUUGCUCGGCAACAAGCCGCGAAACAGCAAGAAGGAGGCAAAGAGCUGAAGGAGGAGGAGAAACUAAAAACUUUCAUCGGGUAACAAGAAAACUGAGAGAAGAAGAUGGCUGACAGGAAGGAGGACAGAAGGGACAAAGACAGACGUGAACUCUUCAUCUCUGUCCUCAUCCAUGGAGACAACAAAGAGACUUGAGUUCCUGCAGACAAUCAGAAAUAUUAAUGCUCUUAUCAACGUGAAGCUUCGUGACCAUCAGCGUCUUCAAACUUUCGUCCACUUUAGAGGUGAAGACUUCAGCCUCAUCAGCACUCUGACACAAAGAUCCUGGUUCAGUUUCUGGGUUGGGUUUUUCCUCCUGUUUGGCAGAAAUGGGCUUCCGUACGAUGUUCACUCGCUGUAUUUAUUUCAGAAUAAAAGCCUGCUGUCAGUAGCAGAACUCAGAGAGUCUCUGAGCUCUCCUGUACCCUCCUGUACUGCAGUAUGUUUAGAGUAUAUUUAAAAUAUAAAAUUACAUUUUAUGAAUGUAGUUCCUGUAGUCUUUAGAUACAAACCAGUUUGACUUAUUUUAAUUGUUGAACAUAUUUUAUCCAGCUGAAAGCUCAAGUUAUACUCACUGUUGUUGUUGCUUCUUUUCUGUUUGUUGCUGUUUUUAUUUCCUGUCUCCAUCAAUAAUCGCUCAUCAAUUGUUCUGCAGAUGAACGACAGCAAAACGAUGUUGUGUUUGUCUGUAACCCUUUAAAACCUCACCUGGCGUCCAUCAGGUGGACUCCGCUGAUGAAACCAUGUGACUGUGGCGGUGGAUUCUGGUUGGUCACACGGUUCCCCUGAGCUUCCUCCUCACUGCGUAACCCUGUCUGCUCCUCCUGAUGCUAACAGCACUACUGCAGAAUGCUAAUAAAGUUAUUCAAAUCAGCACCCA